AGAGAGGCCGGAGGCCCCAGGGACGCUCUAGGAACUCGUGUCUGGCAUGGUGGGGUCAUCGAGUUUCGAUGUGCUUUUUUGCACUGUGAGGGCGCAGUCGCGUCGCACUCGGGCCCGCGUCCCUGGAUACCACGGUAGACAAGCGGCGAAAUGUCAACACUGAACGCCGACUGUGGGAAGCACCUUAGGCUUACGCAUCCAUGACUACUUAUACUUCCAAGUGCUGAGUCCUGGGGACAUUCGCUACAUCUUCACAGCCACACCUGCCAAGGACUUUGGUGGUAUAUUUGUAAGUGCAAAGAUGCUCAGGUCUCUGGCCCUCAGCAGCCUUCUUGCCAUCACCCUCAUCCCACUUUUAUGCUGGAACAGGGCAGGAAGCAGAAUCCAGCUGUGCCCUCCAGAGCUGCUGCGUACUGUAGCCAGGGAGGGACUGCCUUCGCUGGUGGAAACUACCUGAGAAACCAAGGGCACCAGCUUUCUCUGUCCUCCUAUCCACUUCCCCUGCCCCUGGGUUGUAACCAGCUCCCCUCUCACAGAAAGGCAGGGCGAAGUUGAGUCAUCAGAUGGAUCUUGGUGAGAAUUAAAGCACUCAAGGCCUCAGCACUCCAUUUCCUUUCUUCACUCAUUAUGAGGUACCAGGAAGAAGGAAUUGUUAGCUCGUUCAAAGCCAUGUUUUCUUACACUUUUACUUGUCCAAAUGUCCAAACAUUUUUCAGCACACACGGUAUGAGCAGAUUCACCUCGUCCCUGCUGAACCUCCAGAGGCCUGUGGGGAACUCAGCAACGGCUUCUUCAUCCAGGACCAGAUCGCUCUGGUGGAAAGGGGGUAAGGAGUGGGCAGGCAUGACACAUGGGGAGGACAAAUUCUGAUCACAGUUCAUGGUACUUUGAAAUGUUGAUCUUUACAUUCAUCCUUUUCGGGUCUUUAAGAAAUGUCUUGUCUACUUUCCGCUGUGUACUGACGACCCUCUAUACAUGUCCUCUAUGGUCCUUUCAUCCUCCCAAAGAGGAUGAGGGAGGGGCAGCUAGCACCUGCUUUUCUUUUGGUCUCAACACUACCUCUUCCAGGGGCUGCUCCUUCCUCUCCAAGACCAGGGUGGUCCAGGAGCAUGGCGGGCGAGCUGUGAUCAUCUCGGACAAUGCCGUGGACAAUGACAGUUUCUACGUGGAGAUGAUCCAGGAUAGUACUCAACGCACAGCUGACAUUCCUGCCCUCUUCCUGCUCGGCCGAGAUGGCUACAUGAUCCGACGGUCUCUGGAACAGCAUGGGCUGCCGUGGGCCAUCAUCUCUAUCCCAGUCAAUGUCACCAGUAUCCCCACCUUUGAGCUGCUGCAACCUCCCUGGACAUUCUGGUAGAAAGGCUGACUCCAGGUGCCAGCCACAGGUGAUUCACUUGGAAGAGGAAACCUAAGAUUCUGCCACUUGGAGUUUGGAGAUAGACUCUGAGGACAAGUAGAGCCAGGGAGGGGACAGGGAAGCCACACGACUGGCUUCCUCUUCCCUGGGACCUGCAAGGACAUCUCAUUCUCCAGCAAGAGGCAAGAACCAGACCCAAGGCUUCUGGCUAGAACUGGGAACAAAAGAUGCUGAAGGCAGGUGGCCUUGUCAUCUGCAACCUGUCAUACACCACCAGUUUCAGCCUCCUGCAGCCAGGACCUCCUCACAAUGAGCCUUGUAGCUGUUGCUGGAAUGGUUUAAAGAACUGGUAUUCCGGGACUAAGGAUCCCCUACUUUUUAGCAAUAAAGCUAAAUAAAGCUCAUUAGGUUUGUA